ACUUUUAAAAAUUAACAUGACUCUAACCUAUAACCCCGAAAAUUACUUAGUUUAAUAUAGAAUAAAUUUACAAAAAGUUGUUUUAUAUAAAUAAUAUACCGUGAAAAAGACUUAAGGUAUAGGUAAAAUGAAUAUUAUCAGAAAUACAAUUUCAAGAGCUUCUGCUCAUUAUAAUUUUGGUAUGAAAAUGCCAUUACAACAUUUUCACGUAACAAAAGUACAAUGCUUAUACUCACCAUCAGCUCUGGGGAUUGAUGGAUAUCUGCAGACCAGAAAGAAGAUAAAAGAACAAUUUGCCCAAUUCACUGACACAUUUAGAGCUAAAAUGAAUGACUUUGUACAUGAUUCAAAACAUAUGAUUUUUACAGAGGAUCUUAAAAAUAUGGUCCACAUGGCUGAGCCCACAGACUUAAAUUUAGUACUUGAUAUGGUUAAGAAAUUUAAUACACAAAAAUCAGAGUUUAGAUUUGGAUCAUUUGUCUUUGGACCUGUUGUGAUGAGGAUGUUCUAUUUCCUGGAUGCUCCAACUGAAGCUUUAAAGUGUUUUGAAAACCCAGAUAAUGCCGGCUUCUUUGAUCAAUUAGUCAGUUACCAGAUAUUAUUGGAUCUUCUCUACAAUCAUGAAAUGUAUGAUGAAAUGUUCAAGAUAUUUGAGAAAGUACAAGAACGCCAGUUGAAUAUGACAAAGUAUCCAAAGUAUCCAGUUGUUUUAAUACUUGCUGCUUGUUAUAAACAGAAUACACCAGAAAGUUAUGAAUAUGCAAAGAAAUUAUGGAAGGACAUGUCUGCUGCCGGGACCUCCCCUCUCCGUAGAAGUUGUACAUUCAUGAGCGCCAUGGCUUUAAGGAAUAAUGAACCACACAUAGCUCUAGAGUGUAUAUCGUUACAAACACCGCAUUACGUCACAAUUAGGAAUAUUAAAGUCAUAGCUUUAUGUCAAGUGGGUAGGAUUGACGAUGCCUUGCCAAUUCUAAGAGGUGUUUUGGAUAUAGACUCUCCGAGUAGAAUAGACAAACACACGUUCUUUUCAGAGACGAUAAAAGCAGCACAGGAAGCGGUAAAACAAAAGAAUGACAAAGAUCUUGAAAAGACUUUUGAAAAUAUCGAAAAGGCUUUACGGGAUCGCGAUCUCAUAGAUGAUCAGACUUUAGACAAGUUGGUGACAAGCGACAUUAUAUUAUCUGUGAAGAAACACGACAAACCUCGUGGUAUGCCUAAAAUGCCGUUUGGUCAGAGGCAACGGAAUUUGAGUUAAUUACAAUUAUAAAUAUAAUGCAAUGUAUGAUUCGUACUAUGUGAUAAUAUGUAAAAUUAACUGUAUUAAAAUGUUAUGUACACAAGUCUUUGAUUUAAAAACAAAAUCAAAUUUAAGAUAUAUUCAAAAUAUACAGAGAAUUUAUAUUUAAUGACAUCGUAAAAUUAUGUGGACCGCAAUAUUUAGUUAUAUUUUAUAAAUAUAAGAACAAAAUUCCAAACUCUGUGAAUAUGUAUGUUUUAACCGACUUCAAAUAAGGAACAUCAAAAAGUAUUUUCAAAUUGGAAAUACUAAUUUUUCCUUUUACAUCCUUGAACAAAAAAUCUGAUAUGUUAUUCAGGGAGAAUUACAAUGGUGAAAGAAAGCGGUUCAGUAGAAUUUGAGUUUCUUACCAAAAAAUCGUUCCUUUUGUAGUAUUAGUAUAGAUUUAUUACUACAUAUUUAAUAUUGUUUUUAUGUGGUACGAAUCAUUUGUACCAACGAAGAAAUUGCAUUUUGAUGUCAAAUAUAACAGAUUUAGUUGUCUGAAAUGGAAUUGUGUGCUUGAUUGUGAAUGUUUAAAAUUGUUCAAAAUAAAGUGUUGAUGUAG